AUGCUUAUUGAAUUGUCCCUUAGUGUACUCGCUGCAGUCUUUGACUUCAUUGGGAUAUUUUGUGCCAACAUGCUAAGCCCUCACUCCUUUCAAGUCGGUUACCAGCAAAGACUAAGGUGCAAAGCAGUUGAUGAAGGAAGGAGUGCAGAGGAACGUGAUCCUACCAAAGACCGCUCCAGAGUCAUCCCAGUAGAGACAAGCAUGAAAACACGUGCAAAGAUGAUCGCCACUGGUAAUCCAUGCCCAAUUUGUCGAGAUGAAUACCUUGUCUUGGGCUACCGCAAUGUUGAUUUGUUAAAACAGUUUAUCUCUGAACACAACGGAGCAAUCUUAUCUUAUUC